GCAUCAGCAGCAUCCGAGGAAGAAGAAGAAGGGUCAUCAUCCAACACUUGUUCAUCAUUUUCAACUGCUCAGGACUUCAGCCGUUCUUCCCCUCACCUCUUCUGGCCUGACAGACCGACCAGCCGUCAUCAUGAACUACCUUCGCCGGCGCCUGUCAGACAGCAGCUUUGUGGCUAACCUUCCCAAUGGCUACAUGAUGGAUCUGCAGAGGCCAACCCCUCCAGGUUCAUCCACUUCCUCUCCCGCCUCUCCGGCCACAGAGAGGCGGCAGCCCCCGAGUAUCCCCAGCCAGACCCAGGGUUCAAGCUCAGGCUCGGGCUCGGCUGCAGGCUCAGGGAGCUUCCUCAGCUCCUUUUCCAGUGUGGUGAAGAGCGCACAGAUGGCCCAGAAUGUUGCUGCGGCUGCACACGCUAAAUCAGCUGCAGCUACAGCCGCUGAGGGCACCCCUGCAGGAAGCAGUCAGCCAGCCAAGCCUGUGAUCCGCAAACCCAAGAUCCUGCUGGUGAUUGAUGAUCAGCACACAGACUGGGGGAAGUAUUUCCGGGGGAAGAGACUAAACGGAGAGUACGAGAUUCGAGUGGAGCAGGCAGAGUUCUCGGAGAUUAACCUGGCUUCAUACGUCAACUCAGGAUGUAUGGUGGACAUGCAAGUCAACAAGGGUGGCAGCAAAGUGGUCAGGUCCUUCAAGCCAGACUUUGUCCUGAUUCGCCAACAUGCCUACAGCAUGAUUCCUGGUGAAGACUUCAGGAACCUCGUGAUUGGCCUUCAUUUUGGUGGCGUCCCAAGCAUUAAUUCGCUCUACUCCAUCUACAAUUUCUGCAGCAAACCCUGGGUGUAUUCUCAGAUGAUUAAGCUCUACCACUCCCUUGGCCCAGAGAAAUUCCCCCUGAAUGAACAAACCUUCUAUCCCAACCAUAUGCAGAUGGUGACAACUCCUUCCUUCCCCGUAGUAGUCAAGAUGGGGCAUGCACAUGCUGGAAUGGGAAAGAUCAAAGUUGAAAACCAACAAGACUUCCAGGACAUCACUAGUGUGGUGGCUCUUGCUGGGACGUAUGCCACCACCGAGCCCUACGUCCAGUCCAAAUAUGAUAUCCGCAUCCAGAAGAUUGGCAAUAACUACAAGGCUUACAUGAGAACAUCCAUUUCUGGCAACUGGAAGGCCAACACAGGUUCCGCCAUGUUGGAACAGAUUGCAAUGACUGACAGAUAUCGGAUGUGGAUUGACUCUUGUUCUGAGAUGUUUGGUGGCCUAGAUAUCUGUGCUGUGAAGGCUGUUCAUGGAAAGGAUGGCAAUGACUAUAUCAUUGAGGUGAUGGACAGCUCAAUGCCUCUAAUUGGUGAGCAUGUGGAGGAGGACAAACAGCUGAUCACAGAGCUGGUCAUCAAUAAGAUGGCUAAUGUGCUGCUGGGAGUCUCCACGCCUCAGCCUUCCUCUGUGAAGACUACACAGCCCAGAAGAGGAGGACACCGCUCUGCUUCCGCCUCUCCAUCCCAGUCAGCUCAGGGGUCACCUCAGAGAGCUCGGUCAGCCACCACUUCACCCAGCCAGGCCUUCCAACCUGGUCCCAUCCCAGCUUCCUCUGGGCCUGGAUCUCAGAAACAGUCACCUCAGCUCAACAAAUCCCAGUCACUGACCAACACCUUCACAGAGACGUUACGAGGAAGCCUGACUGAUGACGAGGCUAAAGCUGAGACCAUCCGCAGCCUUCGGCAGUCCUUUGCCAGCCUCUUUUCCGACUAAAAGCCCCCCACUUCCUGUCAGUCACUUCUGAUAUCCAUCUGAUAUGGAGUCUCCUCUCACCUCCAGAGCUCAGCUUUCUCUUCUUUCUCUUUCUUCAUGUCCUUAGAUCAGUGAUGCACCUGUCACUAGAAAUGGCCAACUUGUCUCUGGGAUCUCACAUGAAGGUGUUGAGGAAACAUGUCAGAUUGUUAAAGAUGGCAUAGAUGCAGUGUUCAGGCUGUAUUUUGUUAUUAUUGCCCUAACUACCAUUUUUUCCCAUCUGCACCCUUCAAUUCAGAUCAGCUGAUGGCAGUUUGGCCUUUCUAGUGCUAAAUAAUUAUAGCUACUGCUCAUAUUCUGGCUUGUACUGCUUGGUAUAUAAUCGUUCUGCAUUCUCUUUGUCCACCUGGUGAUGCUAUUUACAUAUUUCUACAUUUGUUUACAUAUAUCUUUUUAAUUGACAGUCAGCUUCCAAAUUGUUUUGAAGAUGUCUACGGCAAUAUUCUCACCCGUUGUAGCUCCUCCUAACUGAUGAGAUCCUCACAGUUCACCAGCGAGCUCUCAAGCAUCUUAGCCAGCAGUUGCAUUUCUCAGACAUCUGUGUGCUGGAGACACUUAUUAGUUUACGACGUAGUGACUUACCUUGGCCUAACAGUACCAAAGUGCUUUUUAAUAGAACAUAAAAAUACCCUUUGCACUUCGUCAAGAAAGCAGUCACACAGCUACAGUAACGCAACUUUUGAGCUUUGGAUUUUUACAAGUUGCGAAUGCUGUACUGGCUUACAGCCAUCGUCUUCCAUCACAGCUCAGAUCUUACCCUACAACUGUCCUUUUUCUUAUUUUGCUUUGUGAAUAGCACUAUUGAGUAUCUGUUGUGGGGGAUUUUAAUCAUAAUUAACCGUGCUGGGUCUUGGAAGGUGAAUCAUGAGGAUGUAAAAUUUUGAGACUUAUGAGCUUAUAUCCAUUCAGACUGAUGAUGUUUUCUUAAGUAACAUUCCAUUAUUUUUCUUUACCUUUACAACUACUGUCAGCUUGGCUUACAGAUGAUUUAUCUUCAGCCUUUUGUGGGUUUUGGUUUCAUGUUUGUACUGCAGUGAUAGCAGAUGUCCUCCUCCAACAUUUAAUUAGUUUUGGACCUGAAUUAAUUUCGUAUGUGGAGUCAAAUGGGAAAACUGAGACGGGUUCAUGAUCUUGGCUAUUUUACAAUAGCGAUGCUUUUCUUGGUCAAAAAUUCAUCAUUUCCUAAGAAGUUUUUCCCUGCCCUGAAGGUGAAAACUGUAUUUAAAAUGUACAACCUCUAGAAAAAAAUAUAUGGACUCAACACUCUUGGAAAGAUGUUAAUUCAGCCCUUUAUUUUGGUUUUGGUGAGUUAAAAAAAAUCAGAUAUGACUAAGCAUUUUCACUUAACUGGUGAAAAUUCUGUUUUAAUAAUACACAUGUAGAAAAAAAGGGGGGAGAGAGAAAUCAAAGUUGGAUUUAAUGGAAUUUUUCAAAUCCACUAAUUCUAACAAUAAUAAUAUGCAGAUUUUAAUGAGCUGUUUUUAUACCAAACUGACUGGCAGGAAACAUGGCCCCAACAAGAGAGCUAUCUGUGGAAACAGCAGUCAUUUAGCAGACACUUUUCUUCAAAGCAACUUACAUCUGAGAGUAGGCAGUGGCGUUAAAGGUCUUGCCUA